AUGAUCGAAGAUCUUUCAUAUUUAAUCUUUAACGAUUCGGUCAUAUUCUAUAAUUUGACCAAUUAUGAUGUUCAAGAUCCAUCAUUUACAAUCUUUUCAUCAUCAUCAAUAUUUUCAUCAUCAGAUUCAGUUGAUUCAUCACAUCCCUAUCCAGUACAAUUUAAUAUAAUACUUGCUAUUAUUGGUACAUUCAUAUCAUUACUUACUGUAUGUGGUAAUGUACUUGUACUUGCAGCAUUUUUUGUCGAUAGACAAAUACGUCAUCCAACAAAUUAUUUUAUAUUUUCAUUGGCUGUAAGCGAUUUUUUAAUCGGAUUUAUAUCAAUGCCAUUUUUAACAUUAGCAAUAUAUAAGAAUAAAUGGGUGCUUGGAUCAUUCUUAUGCGAUAUAUGGUUAUCAUUAGAUUAUACUGUAUGUUUAGCGUCUAUAUAUACAGUAUUGUUAAUUACCGUUGAUCGUUUUUGUUCAGUUAAAAUUCCAGCAAAAUAUCGAAAUUGGAGAACAGAAAAACGAAUUGUUUAUUUGGUGCUUUUAACAUGGCUUGUUCCAGCAGUUAUUUUUUUUGUUUCAACAAUCGGUUAUCCAUUAUUUAGUAAAAAACCAAAUUUAAGUAAAAUUGAUUUACAAUGCGAUGUUCAAUGGAAUAAAAAUCCCUAUUUUAAUCUUGGUCUUACAAUUGGUUAUUUUUGGGUGACACUUUUAGUUAUGUUUACACUUUACUUUUUUAUUUAUCAAGUUGCUAGUGCACUUGAAAAACGUUCACAAGCAAAUGCGAAAAAAGUUUCUAAUCUUAUCGGUAUACCAUCAUCAGCAAUGACAAAUCUUGUGAUAAAUAUGUCGAAAAAUCAUCAACCUCCUCAAACAACACUUACUUCAUCAUCUCCAACAUCAAAGAAAAAACAAUUACAACAAUUACAAUCAAAAUCAUCAACAUUAUCUAAACAAGCAAGUGUUGAUGAUGAUCUAGGAAGUUCACUAAUUCAUAAUGAUAAUAAUGAUGCUAGUACGAAACAAAAUGGACUUGAUCCUGCUAAUCAUUCAUCAUCGAAUGAAACGAGUGGUGAACAUACACCAACAGCAGUUGUUGCACCAAACAUAACUAAUUUACUUGCACUUACGAAAGCUGAAAUCGAUACAAGUAAACAAAUCGAAGAAAACCGAACACUUUUGCUCAAUGCACAAAAUAAAACUUCACCUAUAGUAACAACAACAGCAACAUCAACAACAUUAUCAAGUCAAAAAUCAACUAGAAGAAAUGGUAGUAGUAGUAAAGCAAGAAAAGCAUUACGUACAAUUACAGUUAUAAUGGGAGCAUUUGUUCUUUGUUGGACACCGUGGCACAUUCAUACAAUAAUUCAAACAUUUUGUAAAUCAUGUCGCGAAAGUAUCGUGUUUAACACAUAUUUGUUUCAUGCUUGCUAUUAUCUUUGCUACUUAAAUAGUCCAAUUAAUCCAUUAUGUUAUGCACUUGCUAAUCGACAAUUUAAAAAAACUUAUACACGUUUAUUACGUUUUGAUUUUCGAAAAUUGUAA